AUGUUGCGGCGCGUGGUGCGCCACGGCGCACGCGGGCUUCUGGCAUGCGUCGGCAGCGCUGCACACUGUACAGUGCAGUGCACUGCAGUACAGUACAGUGCGGCUACGAGGUGUACUCACAUCGACAGGCAAGGUGGUGCGGCGCGCGCGGGCACCUGGCACGUGUCGGCGGCGCUGCACACUGUACAGUGCAGUGCUCUGCAGUACAGUACAGUGCGACUGCGAGGUGUACUCACAUCGACAGGCAGUGUGGUGCGGCGCGCGCGGGCACCUGACACGUGUCGGCGGCGCUGCACACUGUACAGUGCAGUGCACUGCAGUACAGUACAGUGCGGCUACGAGGUGUACUCACAUCGACAGGCAGUGUGGUGCGGCGCGCGCGGGCACCUAACACGUGUCGGCGGCGCUGCACACUGUACAGUGCAGUGCAGUUCAGUACAGUACAGUGCGGCUGCGAGGUGGACUCACAUCGACAGGCAGUGUGUUGCGGCGCGCGCGGGCACCUGGCAUGUGUCGGCGGCGCUACACACUGUACAGUGCAGUGCAGUUCAGUACAGUACAGUGCGGCUACGAGGUGUACUCACAUCGACAGGCAAGUGGUGCGGCGCGCGCGGGCACCUGACACGUGUCGGUGACGCUGCACACUGUACAGUGCAGUGCGACUGCGAGGUGUACUCACAUCGACAGGCAGGUGGUGCGGCGCGCGCGGGCACCUGA